AUGAGAAAGUCUUCACCUUACACGGUGUCUUUCCCUAUGCAGACAAAAUACCUUUUGGCUCGAGAGUUUCAGAGAAUUCGUAAUAAUAUCGGGUUCCAUGGUUUCUCUCUGCUAGCAAACUCCCUUAUGGCAUUGGUGCUAUCGUCAAUCUUUUACAAUUUACCAUCCGCAACUUCGUCCUUUUACUAUAGAGGUGCUGCAAUGUUCUUUGCACUCUUAGUCAAUGGAUUCUCAUCAUUCUUGGAGAUCAUGUCCUUGUUUGAGGCUAGACCUAUAAUCGAGAAGCAUAAAGGAUACGGUCUGUACCAUCCUUCUGCUGAUGCUCUAGCAUCUGUUUUGUCUCAGAUUCCUUUCAAGAUUUUCACUGCGCUGUUCUUUAACUUGAUUUACUACUUUAUGGUUAACUUCAGAAGAGAGCCAGGGUAUUUCUUCUUUUAUCUGUUUGUUAAUAUCUUGGCUACCUUCACAAUGUCCCAUUACUUCAGGUUAGUCGGCUCCAUGUCAUCUACGUUGCCACAAGCUGUGGUUCCCGGUAAUAUUAUUAUGUUGACGAUGAUCUUGUUUACAGGCUUCACAAUUCCAAUCAAUUAUAUGCUUGGAUGGUGCAGAUGGAUUAACUACUUGGAUCCUAUGGCAUAUGCCUUUGAGUCAUUAAUGGUCAAUGAGUUUUACAACAGAAUCUUUGAAUGUUCGUCCUAUAUUCCGGGAAACCCAGCUGAUAAUCCAUCUUGGCCUUCAGACUCUUGGGUUUGUAAUGUUGUUGGUGCGUCCGCUGGUGAAACAUAUGUCAAUGGUACAUUGUACUUGGAAACUUCGUUUCGAUAUAGUCAUGGAAAUAAAUGGAGAAACGUUGGUAUCUUGAUCGCAUUCAUGAUUGCUUUACUUGCUGCCUACAUGUUAUUCUCUGAGUACAACGAGUCUGCAAAGCAAAAGGGUGAGAUCUUGUUGUUCCAACGUUCUACUCUGAGAAAAUUGAAGAGGGAGAAGGCCUUGAAUGAUAUUGAAACUGGUAAAGAGCGUGAUAUCACGCUUGAGCCUGAAGAAGAAGAUGUCAAUGUUGAUGUUAUCCAAGCCGGUAAGGAUAUUUUCCACUGGAGAGAUGUUCACUACACAAUUAAGAUCAAGUCUGAAUAUCGUGAGAUUCUAUCUGGUGUCGAUGGCUGGGUCAAGCCUGGCACUCUGACUGCCCUGAUGGGUGCAUCUGGUGCUGGUAAGACCACCUUGUUGGAUGUCCUUGCCAGUCGUGUCACCAUGGGUGUUGUCACCGGUAGUAUGUUUGUCAAUGGCCACUUGAGAGACUCUUCUUUCCAGAGAUCUACUGGUUAC